GCGGCCGGUGACUGGCAACGACAGGUGUGCCGCGGGUCCCGCGGCGCCGUGUGGAUCAGUCCCGAUCCUUCUCCCGCCUUCCCCGCGCGCGGGCGCCGGCCACCGACGGCCACGUACCACCGGAAUAUAAGCCCGCCAUCCAUCGAUCCUCUCCUCGUCAUCCCGGAAUCCUCCUGGCGAUAGAUUGGGCAAGCUCGCAGCGGAAGCGUACGAGGUGUGGAGAGAGCGAGAGCGACGCGCGGAUCGCAGCUCGGUAGAGGCGACGGGAUGCUGGCGGUGUUCGACCGGGAGGUGGCGCCGAGCCCCGAGGGGCUGCGGCAGCCGGGCGCCGCGGGGGACGGCAGCGCGGCGGGGCUCGCGGGCCGGUUCAGGGAGGCGCGCCCCGACGCGGUCACCGUCAACCUCGGCGGGUCCGGCGCCAUGGCGUACUCCUCCCACGGCCAGAGCCCGCUCCUCCCCAGGUUGUUUGGUGCAGUGGAUGGCAUGUUCUGCAUGUUCCAGGGCACAAUUGAGAACGUUGCUGUCCUCAAGCAGCAAUAUGGAUUAAGUAAAGGCGCUAAUGAGGUCAACAUCGUCAUUGAGGCUUACAGGACGUUGAGGGACAGGGGUCCUUAUCCGGCUGAUCAAGUCGUGAGAGACAUAAGCGGAAAAUUUGCAUUUGUUCUGUAUGAUUGCUCCACCAAGUCGGUCUUCAUGGCUGCCGAUGCCGAUGGAAACGUCCCAUUCUACUGGGGAGUCGACUCCGAUGGCCGUCUUGUGGUGUCUGACGACGAUGAAAUGGUGAAGAAGGCCUGCGGAAAAUCCUCUGCCCCGUUCCCUAAAGGCUUCUUCUUCACCACGUCCGGUGGGCUGCAGAGCUACGAGCACCCGAUGAACGAGGUGAAGCCGGUGCCGAGGGUGGACAGCAAGGGCGAGGUGUGCGGCACGACGUACACGGUGGAUGCCAAGGCCAAGAAGGACACCAGCAUCCCCAGGGUCGGCAGCGCUGCAGACUGGUCUGCGCAAUACUGAUUUGGUUAUCUGUGUGUUGAGCAGCUCAGGUAGCAUCAUAUCCCCGGGGUGUUUGUCGUAGUAGACCGAUGUUCAUAUGGAAGCCAUCAGUCUUGUUCUAGUGUUUACCUGAAUAAACUGUUCGUUCUCUGCCGCUGUUUAUAAUUCAAGACAGAGGUUUCUAAUGUUUAAAUGAGCAUGACUAGCUGUUGCUUUGGUGUAAGAACUUGAAUGAAGAUGGGUUGCUGUCUACUACUGAUCACUAAUAAAGGGGUGUUUGGUUCCUUGA